GUGUUAAAAAUAGCUCCAAAAAAUCGCCGAGUCAAAAAACAAAAAGAAUUCAGGGCAAAUUUCAAAAGGCUUGCUGCAAGCCCCAGCAGGCCAGUCUUAUCAAAUUACGGAGCUUACGCACCCGGAAUAUCUGUGCAGAUAUUGCAGCCCGCUUGUUGCUUGCGAUCUGCCGUGCUUCUUUGUUUCCACUUUCAUCCUAUUCAGAAAAACGUGCUGCUGAUGUCUGUCAAAGUUCGCAUUGCGCCAGCCACCGAAUCAGACGUCGGACUGAUCCUCUGGUUCAUCACGCAGCUUGCAAUCUACGAGAAGGCGCCCAACGAGGUUACGGCCACCGAGGACCUGCUGCGCAGGAAUCUGUUUGGCCCGCACCCGUACGCCAGGGUCAUCCUCGCCUAUGUUGCCAAGGACGGCGAGCCCGAGAAGCCCGCCGGAUUCGCCCUCUACUUCCACAACUUUUCGACGUGGGUCGGCAAGCCCGGGCUCUAUCUCGAGGACCUGUUUGUGUGCUCCGAGUACCGCGGCCUCGGCCUGGGCAAGAAGCUGCUGGCGCAGCUUGCGAUCACUGCCAAGGAGCUCGACUGCGGCCGCAUGGAGUGGGUGGUGCUGGACUGGAACGAGCCGUCGAUCCAGUUCUAUCUGGGGCUGGGGGCCAAGCAGAUGAACGAGUGGAUCAUUAACCGUGUCACCGGGAAGGCGCUGGACGAUUUGGCGAUGAUGUGACCAGAGCAAUGGCGAAUGAGACCAGGAGGAUGCCGCUAGCGAUCGAUCCCAGCGAUAUCUGCAGACAUAGAAACAUGGGUGUCGAUAUCAUACUGUUGAUGGUUAGAAAUAGAACUAUUGCUUGAGCAGAGGAAGGAGAGGGAGGAGCGUGCUGCCAAGG